CGCUUCGUCCUGCUCCAGUUGGCGACCCAUGCCUCUCCCGGCGAGUGGCAUGAGACGAAUGGCAAACGACACGGGUUUCGUGUGAAAUACGAGUCAUGGGCUGUUCUUUUGAUUGACCUUAUGACCUGUGCUCUUGUGAGAUGAUAAUCUUGCUGUCAGCCUAAAAUCCUCAGCCAGUUAGUUUAAGUGAAUUCUUGGGAGUGUUAAAGAACACAGUGUUACCUCUGUCCACUGCAAGAAGUUUCAGUAACGCAACUAAAAACUACCACAUCAGCAGACAACAUGGAUGAUGACAUGUAGAGAAGUGUCGCAUUUUAGCUCAACGACUUCGUCGCUGAAGAGCCUUCAGAGAUACCUUCCUGCUUUUGUCAGCCAGACUCACUCAUACGAGAGCAUAAGCGCCAACUCAGCUUUAAUUCUUUGUAUAAAGGAAGAGCCUCAGGUGAUGGAUUCGUGGCGAUAAAGAAAUUUUGACAACAGAGAAGAGACUGAAGAGAGAGAAUUGUAGAGUUAUUUCGACCGAAUGUAAAUACCAGCUAAAUUCUUUCUGCCUUCCCAGGCAAAGUACGUGCUCGAAUUAUAAAUGGCAUGAGGAAUACCAGUUAUGAAGGUGACUGCCGUGCAGUCUCAUAGAAAUGGACCAACGUCUUAGAGCAAGUGACGGAAACGGGAGUGGAGGUCCUGGCACAGUUCCUGGAGCUAUUCUGGGCCCCGACAUGCUUCCGCCGCAGGGGACGAAUAUCUUUGUUCCGGGGAAACUCCUCAACACAAUGUCGUCUGCUGAAGAUGUCGGGCUCUCUGUACGUAGUGUGGUGCAUCAAUAUACAAAGCGAAAUGUCACAUUGUGUGUUAAAUGUGAAACGAGAGUAAAAGGUGUGUCGAGACGAGUUGCAGCGCAUAACAAAGCCAUGGCUGUGUCAUCUCCACCCACCAGACAUCAAUUAAAGCAGGCCAUGCAAAUCGUAGAAGAUAACUGGCAAUACGAACGAGAAGACGUACAAAAGAAAACAUUUGCCAAGUGGAUUAAUUCACAGCUGCUGAAGAGCUCCCAACCUCCAAUCGCUGACCUGUUUGUAGAUCUGCAGGAUGGUAACCGCCUGUUGUCACUUCUGGAGUUGCUCACAGGAAAACAAUACAAACGAGAGAAGGGUAAUAUGAGAGUACAUCAUUUAAACAAUGUCAACAAAGCACUGCAGAUCUUGGAGCAAAACAAUGUGAAGUUGGUGAACAUAAGUAAUAAUGACAUAGUGGAUGGCAAUCCCAAGCUGACCCUAGGACUGGUGUGGAGCAUCAUUUUACAUUGGCAGGUUCAUUAUCACUUGAAAGAUUUAAUGUCAGAACUGCAGCAGACAAAUUUAGAGAAGACAUUGUUAGCAUGGUGCCGUCAAAACACAAAGGAUUACCCUGGUGUAGAUGUGAAGAACUUCACUACUUCAUGGUCAGAUGGAUUGGCAUUCAAUGCAUUAAUUCAUCACUGGAGGUCACAGCUGUUUGAUUUUCACAACAUUGCAAGAAAACACCCUAAUGCAAGAUUAGAACAUGCAUUCCAUAUUGCACAAGAACAUCUGGGGAUUGAAAGACUUCUGGAUCCUGAAGAUGUAAAUACAUCUGUACCUGACAAGAAGUCAGUCAUGAUGUAUGUAAUGUGCUUGUUCCAAUCUUUGCCUCACUCAGAGAUGGAUAUGAGCCAUUUGGAAGCCUCAGUAUAUUCUGACUCCAGUUCGAUAGCAUCUCCAGGAGUGGAGGGAGGCGUUUUUAGUGUUCCAUCAUCUCGUCCAAUCAGCCUUGCUACAAAUAUUUCUGUAGAGCUUGGUGGUUAUCAGGUAGCCUUAGAAGAAGUACUCACAUGGCUUCUGGAGGCUGAAGACAAGCUCAGUAAUUCCUCAUUGAUUGAAGGUGGACUGGAAUCAGUGAAGGAGCAGUUUCACUCUCAUGAGGGCUUCCUGCUUGAACUAGCAGGCCAUCAGGAGGGUGUUGGAGCAGUACUUGAAGAGGGAGCCCGUAUGCUUUCUGAAGGUGGACUCUCUAGGGAUGAAGAAGAUGAGGUGCGGGUCCAGAUGAGGCUUCUGAACUCUCGGUGGGAAGAUCUUCGUAUUAAAGCCAUGGAAAGGCAGGCUAGAAUUCAUGAAGCCCUUAUGGACCUCCAGCAGAAGCAGAUAGACCAGUUGCGGCACUGGCUGACAUCCACUGAAGACAGAAUAUCUCUCAUGGCAGAAACUUGUCCCAACCAUGAGACUCUUAAACAACAGAUAGAACAACACAAACUACUGCAGCGAGAUUUAGAGCAACAGCAACUAGUUGUGGAUACUCUUUCAAAUAUGGUCGUGGUUGUAGAUGAAAACAGUCCUGAAAGUGCAUAUUCUCAAAUGGAGGACCAGCUGACAGCUCUUGGUGAGCGGUGGGCCCAUAUCUGUCAUUGGACAGAGGAAAGAUACAACAGACUUCAGAACCUUGCAGUGAAGUGGAAUCAAGUGACAGAUGAAUUCCAAGCAAUACAGCAGUGGCUGAACAACAAAGAGACACAACUCAAGCAGCUGGAAGCCAAUCCAUUGCUAGAGAUUGGUGAAGUUCUUGAUAGGAUAAAGAAACUUCAGGUCCUUAGGCUUGAAAUGGAUGUACAGCAAAAAAAAAUUCUAGUCCUUCAGGAUUCUGUACAGCAACUGUCUGGUUCUGAUUUGUCUAGUAGCAACAGUAUGCUAGAAAAAGUAGAAAAUCUACAGGAUCGUUGGGAUGCACUCAUUCAGAUAAUGGAGGCCCAGGGGCAGAGGAUAUCAAAUUCUGGUUUUGAAUUCAACAUGACACCAACAUCAGGAGAAGUAUUCACUGCCAGGGCACUAGGACAACAGAGGGAAAUGAAUGAAACAGUCACAACAGUUACCAGUCAGAAAUUUCAUCAUAGUGAAUCAAAGAAGCGGCGUGUUGGAAGUAAAACUCGUCUGGAAUUUGAAGAAGCUUUAAUUCAGGUCAACUCUUGGAUGGAGUACAUGGAAAGAACUUUAUCCCUCAGGAGAACAGAAAAUGAACAGGGAGCAUUUGAUGGCCUCAGUGUGGAGGAACAGCUUGUGAUGUACAAGAAAAUGGAGACAGACAUUCAGAAUCACAAGGAAGAAGUGGACAGGGUAGUUUCUCUGGGGAAGCAUCUCGUGGAGGAAAUUAAAAGUGAAAAUGAAUCCAAUAAAGAUGAAGAACAUAAAGUCAUAGAGACACAGCAUCGCUGGAGUAGUCUGGCCGCAUUACUGCAAGAGCGAAAGGAACAGAUAGAUUUUCUGAAGGAAAAGGAACUAUUAUACAGUGAAGUAAGGAGUUUAAAUUUGAUUUUGGAAAACUACCAGAAAUGGUUGGAAGGAACAAAAUGUUCUCCCUCAAGGCAAUUAAAUGUUGUACAGCAACUUGAACACUGUAGAAUGAAGAUCAAAUCAAUGAAGUCACAUGAAGACAGCAUCAAUAAGAUGAAGAAACGGACAGCAGACUUGUCAUUGUGUCAACUGGCCAAAAGUGAUGCUGACAGUAUUAAUGCUGAUGUGAAUUACUUCUUGGAGAGAUGGGGAGAACUGAUGCUCAGGUUGGCUGAAAAACAGACUGAAUUGAGUAAUGCAGUGGACAAAUCUCCACCCCAAAAAUACUUAGAAGCCAUGGAAGCGCUUAUGAAGUGGGUUCAUAAUGUGGAAGGAGUAUUGCUUUCUGAACAUGCUGUAGUGGCAGAUACAGUUGUCAUGGAGGACCAGUUGCAGAAGUUCAAAGAGCUCCAGAAGACAAUUGAAGAGCAGCAAAACAGUUUUCAUUAUGUCAACAUUACUGGCCAAGAACUGAUACACAGAGCAGGUUCAGAGACUCAGAGCCAGCGGCUAAAAGAUGAACUACAAGAUCUCAACACUCGUUGGAGUGAUAUUCCAAUAAUCCUUGAUGAAAGACAGAAGAAACUGCAGAAAGACAUUGAAUUGCUGCGCCAGUUUCGAGAUGAGAUGGAAGGCUUGAACUCAUGGCUACAAGAAGUAGAAGCUUUCUUGCAGGCUGAGAAAGAUGUGCCAGUUGGUGACAUAGAGACUCUGGAAGCACAGCUGGAGCAAUCAAAUGCUCUCCAAGAUGACAUUGAAACACUGCAGCCAAAUGUUAACAACAUAGAGAGUACAUCACAGAAACUGCUGAAUAAUGCUGACCCAAACUUUGCAGCAGAGCUACAAUUACAAGUUGAGAUACUGGUUGGGAAGUGGAAGAAGGUGGUAGAAGGAGCAAAGGAGCAAAACAUUUGUUUGAAGGAUGCUUUAGAGAGAAGUAAGAUGGUAAUUGAACAGGUGGAGGAGUUCACGUCCUGGUUAUGCAAACUGGAGACUGAAGUACCAGACACUAGUAGCGUCACAUCCUCAGCAGAGCUAUUCCAGCUGAAGGGUAAAUACCAGACACUCAAGGAUAAAGUAGACAAGAGGACAGAAGAAUUCAGAAAUCUCAAUGAGAAGGGAAAUGAUCUGUUGCUGAGCAGUGAAGGAAACUCAGUUCAGAAUGUUGCAAGAAAGUUCACACAUCUAAAUGCCAAAUGGAGUGAUGUAACAGAUGGAAUCUACAAUAAGUUUAAGAUCCUUAAAGAAGCUUCACAUGAAUAUGGUGAAUUUAGAGCCUUGGUUGCCCAAGAAAUGGAUUGGUUGGACAAACUAGAGAAGCGAUUAAGGAAAUCACCGAAGUCUGCUGCAGAUGCUGAAGAAAUUUCAGAUGAACUUGAUGACCUUGAAAACUACAUUCGGAAUCAUCCAGAAGCUCGCCUGGCCAAGAUCCAGGAUAUUGGACGUCAUUUUGUGGAUGAUGGCAUCAUGUCACAGACAGUGAAAUCAGAUGUGGAGGCUAUUACAUCAAGGUGGAGUCAUCUGAGUCAGCAGGCUAGGGAUCGUACCGUAUUGCUUGAGGACUCUGUCCAGGAGGCUCAGGAGUCGGAAAGCCAUAUCCUAGAGUUCCAGGAAUGGGUAACUCAUGUAGACGCACUACUAACAGCACGUGUUGAAAACGACCUCACCGCCGACGAUUUGCCGGAUGAUGAUCAGAGACUUGUUGAAGAAUUUGAAACCCAGGAAAGCACACUGAAGGAAAUGAAAGAGCAGGUGCUGACAUACACGUCUGCAGGAAAGCAUGAAGCAGCUGCCAGACUGCAGGAACAAAUGCUCCUCCUGCAGAAGCGCUUCUCAGAAGUCCAGCUCAAGUUCCAGAGAUUCCGAUCCCCAUCGAACUUAGAGCCCCGGCUUGCAAGAGCUUUGAGAGAACUGAGAGGUGUGGAGGAGGCAACUUGCCUGUUGGAACUUGCUUCUGAUGAUCCAGAAGGGAUUGAAGGACAACUUAAGCAUUGCACGAGAUUUUAUCACACACUUGCUGAUAUAAAGGGAGAAGUGGAGAGCAUAAUUAAAUCAGGUCGAAAGCUGGUGGAAGAUAAAGCUGUUCCAGACCCUCAGAAGUUCACGACCAGGAUUGACACUUUGAAGGAACUGUAUAACAAGCUGGGUUCUCAAAUAACAGAUGCUAAAGUUACAUUAAACUCAGCUUUAGGACUGUCACAGAACUUGCAGAGAGAUAUUCCAGCUUUGAAUGAAUGGAUUAACAAUGUUGAAGUCCAGCUAGAUGAAUUUGAAGCCACAGGAGGAAUUGAUACAAAUUUGGAUUUACAAGUCGCAUAUCUGAAGAAAAUAUUAGAGGAGGAUAUUCCAAAGUGGAAUCUGAAGAAAGAGAGUAUAAAAUCAUCAUAUAAAAUAUUUUCUGGCCUCUGUGAUCCUGUUUAUUUGGAAGUAUUAAAAGAAAGGGUGAAUGACAGCAUGAAGAAAUGGGAGAAAUUGAAUGGAAGGUUGAAGAACGUGUCUGCCGUGCUGGAGAAUGCAACUGCAGCUAAAAGCAAACUUGAGCAAGUCAACUGUUCAAUGGCAGAAAUAAAUCAAUGGUUGAAUGAGAUAGAGAAAAGUGUCCAUGAACUGGAUGCUCUUGCUGUAGAUCAGCUUUCAGAGAAACAUAUUUCAGAAUACAAGGUGUUGCAGAAUUCUAUGUAUGCACAUAAAGGUGAUGUGGAUGCCCUGAAAGACACAGCCCUGGACUUAAUGACAGUUCAAUGGCAUCAACAAGAACUCAAGGCCAUUAUAGAACCACAACUAGUUCAGCUUAAUCACCGUUGGGAAGAGCUUUUGCAUAGGAUUUGUGGUUGGGCUCAGAAAGUUACUGUAUUGACCAAGAGUCCUUCUGCCACUACUAGUGAUAUUCCUUUAACAACUGACAUGCAAACUACACCCUCAUCUGGAGAUUCUAGGGGGAGAGAGCCACAAGAAAUUUCAUUUCUAGUUUCGGAGGAAAAAUAUCAUGUACCUGUGACAGAACCACAAGAGCAUGUUGCACCAAAGUCGUGUCUGGUUACACAGCAUAAAAAUGAUAAUCUUGAAGCUGAAAAAAGUGUUCAGAAAAUAUUUAUUGAACAUGAAGCAGUAGAACAGGAAUGUAUGGGCUACCUGAAUCCUGUAUUUGAAGAUUUAUUAGACCGAGAUGAAGUUACAAAAAUUCAGGGUGAAGAAGCAAGUAAACCUCUUGUAGGGAACACACCAGAAAAACCUGAGGAUCGAAUGGAAUCUGAACCACCAGCAGAAGUAAGGCAAUAUCCGGAAAUUGUCAUUUAUGAUGAUACUCAGCAUAGAUAUUUUGUGAGUGCAGUACCAGAUGAAAUAAGAACAGUGGAAUUACCUGAAACAGUUGGAAUAACUGUAAAUAAACGAGAAGAAAAAGAUCAAAAUAGCAUAGUAGGCAAUGCAACUGAAACUGGAGUUAUUGCAGAUCCAAACCAAGGGGAUAAUGUGAAAACAUUAGAAUCUUCUGCAUAUGCUUCUCAAGAUGUUGAUGAAAUGGAUACAUUUUGCUUGGCAAAGGACAGUAUACUCUUCUCUCAAGUGUCAACGAACACACUUGUGACCAGUAAUGCCAAGGUGGAGCAUGUAGGCUCCGAGCAAGAGGCAGAUCCUUGCCAAGUAGUAGAGAUAAAGGAAAUAGAAAUUUUAAAGUCAGUAGUCUCUUCUUUGGAACCCAUUAAGCAUGUGGUAUACCCCAGCAGAAGCAUAGAAACAAUGGUAGAGUUUGGCCCCCAUUCUGUUGAAAUGGUGGAAAUCGUUGAGGACGCUGAAACAGAACCUGAGGAGUCUGCACCAGAGACCGAUUCUGAGUCACCUGUUAAAUCAACUAAUGUCCAAGGAGACACAAGGAAGAGGCCGUCAACAUUACAGUUGCAUGAUGUUCAGGGAGGUGCUACUGAGCAUCAAGAAGACGACUUUGACACUGUUAUCUCUAACAAAAAAAUUGCUAGAUUAUCACUGGAAAAUGUUGAGCAACCACCAUCUCAACGAUUAUCAGAUGAAGAAAUUAUCAGGGCGAUACUUUCUUCACGAAAGGAAGCUUAUGUCAGCAAGCACAGAGAAAAGCCUCAUCCUGUUACAUCACAGAGAGCAGUUGUAACAAGCAGUGAGGUCCCCAAAUUACCUGUCCAUACAUCAGUGACCGUAAGUCCACCGCAACCCACUCCACGAACCUCAAAAGGACAGAAAGAGAUGGUGUCCACUCCUCUUGCCAAGGAGAUGGCAGCAUUUCAAGAAGCAGCACAGCAGAUGAUGAAGAGAAUGGAUGUGAUGAUCGUGACUGUAAAGGGAGUUGGCAGUGAAAAGGAUCCAGGAAGGAGGUUGGAGGUACUAGAACAUGAAUUAAGUUUCCUGGCUCCUGAUAUUGCAACACUCAUCAGUCGAGGAGAUGGUUUAAUCCUGACCGUCCAUUCCACUGAUCCAACUCAAGCUGAAAUGCUAAAGGAAUCAUCACAGGACAAACUAAGAAAGAAGUGGCAGGAAGUGAAAUCAGAGUGUGAGGCAAGGAAAGUGGAGGCUCAGCAAUGUGAGAAUGAAUUAAAAGAGUACAACAAGUUAGUGGCUGAAUUACAGAUGUGGUUAAAGGAUGCCAAAAGAAGGUUGGAACAAGCAAAUAAUGAGGAGGUUCAGUUGAAGGCUUUCCAGGAGGAGUUUGAAAAGAAAGAAAAAGAGAUUGCAAGACUGAAUGAGAAAUGUACAGAACUUCAGAGAUUGAAAAUUGGUUGUGGUGAUACUGAGGGUACAGUUACAAAAAUAAAUGAAAAAUGGCAAGAUGUAUGUGGACAGUUUCAACAUUUCCAGAAAGACUCUAAGGAGAAGAUUGUUCAUGACAGCAAAGUGGAUAUUGGAGGAAAUCGUGCAGCAGAAUUUGUGACAAGGGUCAAUAAGAUCAGAGAAGCUGCUUCAACUAUAUCAAGGCAGCUAAAUUCCUUUCCACUUACUGGACGGGAUUAUGAGUCUUUUCCUGCCCAGGAAGAGUGCUUGAAGAAAGUGAAAGAAAAUCUUAGUGCCCUAAAACCUAGUGUAGAUGAAAUCGAAUAUGACCGUGAUGGUGUGAUGAGAUGGGCAAAAAGAGAACAGGGUGAUCAAGUGAGACGCAUUGUGGAUAAACUGCGAGAGGAGUGGUCACAGGUCAACAGGGGUUACACUGAAAGGCACAACCGAUGGUUAAAAUGUAUGGAUACAUGGCGUAACCUUCAUAAUAACUGUCAGGCAUUUGGAGAGUGGUUAAGCACUGCUGAGAGAAUAAUUGUUGAAUGGCAGAAUGCCGAUCUACCACUUUCUGAAGCAAAAGCAAAACAGAAAGACCUGGAGAAGCAAGUCACCAUGAAGCACAGAACAAUGAAGAACAUUGGAAUAGCAAGUCGUGAAAUUGUUGGGCAAACACAACCACCAGAAAGCACAAAUAUCCAGCUGAUGGUUGAUGAUUUGCGGCAUCGAUGGCAGGCUGUUCUAGCAGAGCUCACCACAAGAAGGGAUAAGAUCACUGCCAUGGAGGCUGUUGCCAGUCUGAAGGAUGAAGCUAAACACUUUCUGGACUCAACCCAGAUUUGUUUGGAUCAAGUCAAAGCUUUACUGGAGUCAACAGCUAAUACUUCAGAUGAUAUGUCCCUUGCUGUCAGGCUUAGUAUGGUAAAGGCAUGUGAGGAAGAAUUAGCUGAGAAAAAGCAAGAAAUGGAAAAAUUUCAUAAAUAUAAGCAGAUACAAAGUUUUGAAAAGUUAAAGAAUCUUAGCACUACAAUGGAGAAGGCUUCAUCUAAUUUAUCAGACCACCAUGAAUACAUAGAAUGCAAAUUGUUGUCCCUGAAGAAAUAUACAAGUCAUUUGGAUGCUGUAAUUGCUUGGGUCAUGGAGACAAAAACAAGAAUCAACAUAAGCAAGGAACUUCCUGACAAGGAGAAGAAGAGGGUUAUAGACAACAUCAUGAAUUCUGUCUAUGACCAUGAGACUGAAGUAAAAGAGGCAUUGGAAAACUUCACAAACUUGGAAAAGGAAUGUGAAGGUGAAAAGCAUCUUGUGUCUGUAGAAUUACAGGAAAAAAUAAAGAAGCUUCGUGAAGACUGGCAGUACGUGAAGAACAGAGGAGAAGAGGUGUUGUUACAAGAUGUCAAUGUUCAGGGAGCAGCAGCACUUACGACCAGAGAAACUGCAGCAUCCGUUGCAUCUGCAGCUAACGUUCACACAGGUUUUUUUAAUGGAAUCUCACAUAUCGGAUCUGAGGUACCGGCGUCUGAGAUCAUACGUAUGUCCUUCCUUCCUCGUAGUUGAGGAGCCGACCGGCAUCCGAACUCAUAACAAACCACAGCUGAUCAGAGCAGAACCAACGCAGACAAGCAGGCUACCACACUGGCCAAGAAAUUUCCGACCGUGAAUCUCUCAGCACGUGCCGCGUUUGAACUUGAAGUGGUUGUAUAUGAAAAUCGACACUUUUCCGGUCUAAUGUUUAUUUUGCAUUUCUUACUUCUUUGUGGUCAUACAACAUGUGGUUAAAACUAUUAAACGCAACACUAAAUCACCGUGUAUAU